AUGGUCUACAGGGCAGGGGGCCCCUCCAGCCGCUGCGAUCUGCACCCGCUGCCAGGAGACGGGGGCCCCUCUCCUCCGGCAACUUCUUCUCCAGGUUUGGGGGCCUCUUCGGGCAGCAGAAAGAUGCAGCCUUCUGGCCGCGAUGAGGAGACGCCACUUGAUAACAAACCCCUCAAACACCCUCAGAAAUGGGCCCUGUAA